AUGAUGUUCAAAUACUUUCGGACCAGUGGCGUGGAGCCUUGUGGGCACCUGGCGGCCGCAGAGGCAGCCAUACAAGCCAAGCAGCUGCACCAUGAAGUUUCGGCUGAAGUCUCGGAGAUUUCUCCCGGCUCGUUGUACCUGGGUGGCGCCAAUGCUGCGCUCGGCCUGGCGAAGGCAAACGACCUUGGCAUCACCCACGUGCUGAACGUAUCGGACCUUUACGUGUUAGCUCCCGGCCGUCAUGCCAAGCUGCUAGUGGAGUGGGUGCCGAUGGCAGACGACGGAUUUGAUGAUAUCUUUGGUCCGGCGCAAACAGCAGAAGAAUUCGAGGCGGCCAGGAAGGAAAAUCCCGACUCUCGUCCUUCGGGUGCCUACUGGCGAUGUAAAGACUUCUUGGAGGCCGCCUUCAAGGACCCGUCCUCACGUGUUUUGGUGCACUGCGCUCUCGGCGUCAAUCGCUCCGCGAGUGUUGUCCUGGCAUGGCUGAUGGAAACGAGGGGCUGGAGUCUGACACAGGCUCUUCAGCAUGUACAGAAUCGCAGACCCAUUGUACAUCCUGCAGACAAGCUGAAGGAGCAGUUAUUGGCUUACCAAGAGCAGCUGGGCAUCGAGGAAGCCUCAAGCGCCUCUUCCUGGGCCUCUUCCUGCAUUGUGUCAUGA